AUCCGUUAUCGUCAGCUUCGCUACACUCCAUGAAACACUUUUUAAUAAUAAAACCAUGACGUUUAAUCACAUAAUAACACCCGCAGAUCACCGACAGUAGCCUUUUCUUGUUAUUGCUUGAAAAACGAUAUUGAAUGUAAUUCAACAACUCGAAUGUAGUUGCAGGGUAAUUAUUCCACUGGAACUUAAUGAAUAUGUGAUAACUACGUAUGUGACUAGAAUUUAAACUUUUUUUAACUGCAUGUAUCAUCUGUACAUGUAUACAAAGGGAAAUUACAUAACAUAUAUAUAUUGAAACUUCUUUUACAUCAAAACAUUAAAAAUCUAUAUUCCUCUGUUAUGUACCCUUUGAAGUUUCCGCUUGAUGAAACAUUUAAUCUUUCAUCAUAUAAAGAUAUGGCUUCAUUGCGAUCCGUAUUCGUGCCUCUUUGCUCACUAAAGGCAGAAAAAGACGUUUAAACGUUACAAAUGUACAAAUGUCUGUCAAAUGUUACUGAACCCACAGACAAAAUAAUAGUAUCAUUCUUGUCAUUGUUUUUAUUGUUUUUUUAUUGUGCUGAUUGAAUUAUUUGGUACCUGUUUUGCAUAGUUUUAAUACUUACGUUACAUGGUAGGGCGUUUUUUUGAAUAGGUCCGUUAAUUUAAAAAUUCUAACAUUUGCCUCAUUCGAUAUUUACGUGUUUCACAUAAAUCACUGUACUUGCUCAUUUUCCAUUAGAUGACCUUGCCUAAAACUGCCACAUAGUUGUUUCUGAUAUUACACACACACACACACACACUCUCUCUCUCUUAAAAGCACAUAAAACCUGUCUGACAGGAGUAUAAUGCAACAAUAAUCUGUUGCAUGAGGCUGGUGUUUGCUGAAUGUUCGACUCAGAGGAAAAGCUGUCCACGGAUUGUUUAAUCAAUUGAAAACUUGCAUACUUGCAAGCAUGAAUUUUCAGGCUAAAUUUUGAAACAGUAAUCAUCAUGCCCUGCAGAGAAGAAUCAUUCCUGAGCUCGGCUGAUGCUCAGCCAUCGUGAUUAUUGGCCUAGUCGCUCAGCCUGUCCGGUAAAAACCACAAGCCUUCUUAACAGCUGUAAUGCAGAAGCUGGAUCUAAAUCCCUGAAUCAGUCUCAAGAUUGUUGUAGCUGUGAAACUUGAUGGUUACCACCGACCCAUAUCUGAUUUUAGAACUUCAAAUAUUCAUCUGUGCAUUCUUUCUACAAAUUCCUGAAAGUAUCUAGAGGUGUCCCAAAGGCGUUUUAGCUCACACGUUGAACAUUAAGAGAGAUCUUGCACAAUGAAAUGUGCUGGUCAGGGUUUUGUGCCAUCCUUGUGCUUUUCGAGAGAGACCGUCAAUGCAAGACUUCAUACCUGCCUGAAUGAAGAAUUGUCUAACUGUGUAGCACCAAGUCUUAGCUAAUUAUGAUGAAUAUUUUCAGUAUAUUGUGUCAUUUUUCAAACCAACAUCACCCCACCCUAAUCGAGGCAGUUAUGCAUGACAGGUUGCUCGCGUUGCUGUUGUUCUUGACCGAUACGGCGUAUGUUUGAUGCUCUGGUAGACUGAACUUCAGGGGAGCCAGAAAGCCUUCAAAGGGUUAGACCACACCACUUCCUUUGCUGAGUUAACAAGCUUAGUGGGUGUCAAGCUACCAGCUACAGGUUAUCAAAUGCAGCAGAAACAUCACUGAUAGGCUUCCGUUGCGGCAGUGUGGCAUGGAGAAACAGUGACUAUCUGGAGAAGUUUUUCGACUGGAUUGGGGUGAUGCAGCCAUCUACUCUUCUUGUGCUUCGCAGGAAGUAAAACAGACAACCUUUUGAUGCUUUCUGGCCGUCUUUUCUGUCUGUGAGCAUAAGUAAGCAGCCGGAUUCUCUUGACAGACCGAAAUAUUAGCGAAAAUGAACGAGGCCAACGGGAUCCAGGUGAAGUGCGUGCUGGUGGGGGACACGGCCGUGGGGAAGACGGCGUUGCUGGUGCGUUUCAGCUCGGAGACGUUCCCGGACAGCUACAAGCCGACCGUGUACGAGAACAUGGGCGUCGAGGUCUUCAUGGACGGUGUUCCGAUCAACCUCGGCCUCUGGGACACGGCCGGAGCCGACAGCUUCCGGCAGAUCCGUCCUAUGUCCUACAUCCAAGCCGACGUGGUGCUCCUCUGCUACUCGGUGGCCAACCACAGCUCCUUCGCCAACGUGCGGCACAAGUGGAUCGCCGAGGUGCGGCAGCACCUCCCAGAGGUACCCGUGCUGGUGGUGGCGACGCAGACGGACCAGCGCGAGGCGGGAGCCCACCGCGCCAACUGCACGUCCUCCGCCGAGGGCAAGAAGCUGGCGCACGACAUCCAGGCCAGGGGUUACCUGGAGUGCUCAGCGCUCAGUAACCGAGGCGUGCAGCAGGUGUUUGAGUGCGCCGUGCGGACCGCCGUCAAGCAGACCAGGAGGCAGCCACACAGGAGACUCUUGGAUAUAAACGCUUGCAGGAUGUUCUAGGUUCGAUUUUUCUAGAAGUGGUCUCUUUACAUUAAAAAAAUAUAUAUAUAUAUUCCAAAGGUGCUUUUCCUAAAUUCUGGACAGUAACAUGAAUAACAUGAAAUGCUCCACGAGGGUUUUUAAUGCAAACUCGCCGAAGGAGACUUUCUCAUGCAUUCGAAUAUUGAAGCAGAUCUUACGGACUUGAGAUGUGUUUGUCGGGGUUUUACUUGCAACGUAAUGCUCAGCUGUCGCCUAGAGUCCAAAAUCCACUCGAGAGAGCUAAAUACUGCCAUUUUGGUCAUUAUUGGGCCCACUGUGUUACUUUGUUACAUCUUUGUUGUUUGAACAUUCUGUGACGGGAUAUUCCAGUUUGCUACAAAUAUAAAAAGUAGAACUGCCACACAUUGUAUAAGUAUGAUUAGUUAACAACACUCGUUGCCAUGUAUAUGAAGUGGGACUCUAUGUAGGAAUUAAAUACUAAUAGGAAUAUAGGAGUUUAGAAACAUUUUUAAUUUUAUUUUUAAUUUGCUAUAUGAAUAUGUUUGGCAGAUGAUUGGUGUUAGUACAAUAAAGUCCAAUGUCAAAUAUUAUUUAAAAACACAGUUUCAGCACAGUAAAUAUUAGAAUGUAUAUAGUGUUUUGAGUGCCGUACUGCUUUUAUUCAUUUUUAUAAUUAAUUUAUUCGCAUCACUAAUGGACUGUCGUUCGAUUUGCCACUCCACGUCACCAAGCACAUGGUAGACGCUGAAUAAAUAGGGGCACAGUUACCCCUGAAUCUUGUAUUGACAGACAUCCAAUUAUCACGUGAAUCUGAGGUCUUGGCCAGUCCUUAAGGACUCCAAAGUUUAACUGAACUGUGAUCGGCUGAGCCAGGUGAUGGCCGAGCAACAAAAAUGUAAUUCUCUCAACAUCAACAUAUUUAUGUUUUUUUUUUUUUGUUCAACAUAUAUUCACAUUAAAUAGUGUAAAGCUGCCUAAAUUUUGUUUAUAUUCAAAAGACAAUCAGCAAUAAAUUUGAUCUAUAUCUGAAUUAUUGUCGUACAGUAUAUAGAGUAAAUCUACAUUUAUCUAAUAAAGAAUUUUCGAAACUUAAAA